GCCAGUCCGAGGGGGCGAGUAGCGGUGGCGGAGCCGCGGGGGGGGGGCGGUCAGAAGAUGUCGGGCAGCGAGGCGGCGGAUGCCAAGAAGCUGGUGCGCUCCGCCAGCGGGCUGCGCAUGGUGCCCGAGCUGCGCGCCGCACGCAGCCCCUUCGGCCUCGACGAGCCGCCCUGGGUGCCCGACAAGGAGUGCCCAAGAUGUAUGCAGUGUGAUACAAAAUUCGACUUCAUAACUAGAAAGCAUCACUGCCGAAGAUGUGGAAAGUGCUUCUGUGACAAAUGCUGCAGUAAAAAAGUGCCUCUGCCUCGCAUGUGUUUUGUGGACCCCGUGCGCCAGUGUGCUGAAUGUGCCCUCAUCUCUCAGAAAGAAACAGAGUUUUACGACAAGCAGCUUAAAGUGCUCAUGAAUGGUGCUUCGUUCUUUGUAACUCUGGGAACAUCUGAUAAAUCUGAGCUCAUGGUUUGUCGACUUUCCAACAAUCAGAGAUACCUGGUUUUGGAUGGAAACAGCCACUAUGAAAUUGAAAUUGUACAGAUUUCAACUGUUCAGAUACUUACAGAGGGAUUUACUCCUGGAGAAAAAGAUAUUCACACUUACACCAGCCUUCUGGAGAGCCAGCAUAUUACUGAAGGAGGUAAUACUCGUGCCAUAGGUAUGAUUCUACAGUAUAAAGUACCAGGAUCAGAGGAGCUAACACAGAUGAAGUUUACAGCCAGUGAAGACUACACCUCUAACAAGAAGUUGUCAGCAAGCUGGCUGGCAGCUAUGCAUAAGGCAACAAAACUUCUUUAUGAGUCUCGGGACCAGUAAGAACAGCAGACUGUUGGCAGCUGGAGGGAAGACACCAGCCUUGAAGGACCUGCCUCUCACUUUGCUAACCUGGCGGCUAGGUAACACUUGUUCUUCUUGACCUUUUGUCAUUCCAGUGUGGUUCAUUCUGUAAGAUCUGGCAACUGCAAUGUUUUAUUUUGAACCAUGAGUAUUCACUAUAGUGUGCAAUAUGUAUACAAUUAAUGCUUUAAACAGUCUCACCUUUUAAGACUUUGUAUAUUUUGUUAAACCUUUAUUGGCACUUAAUAUGAAAUAUGAAAGUGACCUGCACUACAGCUAAUGUACAGCACAACUUUUAUAGUAACAAUUAUAUAUACUGUUUGCCACAAAAAGCAAACAAAGGUAUAUGUCUCUUCUGCAGAGAAUAGCUUUUGGGUCUAGAUCUCAGGUUUUUCCCUCUAUCCAAAUGUUUAAAAAUCAAUGUACAAUAAAAUCUGCCUUAGAUAUGAUUUUAUAGAAGUCAAUUGAUUUUUUUAACACAUCUCACCAAAUACCACCAAAUUGGAAUUACAUGAUUUUGAAACUUCCCUUCUGUAAUAACUAAGCUUCCAGAAUGAUUUUUAGUUUUGUAUUUUCUUUUUGGUAACUAGCUUUUGUUAAUCUAACUGUAAUGGUAUCUGGAAUUGUAUACAUUUUAAUGUACAAAAAUGAAUAAAUUAAUUCACUUAUUUAAAAAAUGU